AUGCCCAGCGGCGGCAAGCGCUCAGCAGUAGUAGAAGCGCUCCCUCGCUCUUCCCUUCCUCUGGCGCGGCCACAACCAAAUACGCCACCAAGGUCUCCCGUCAAGCGAGUCUCUACAAAGGGGUUCCCCACGCGUUUCGGAGGAGGAGAUGACAGUCUCUCCGUCGUACAGGACUUUGAGGAUGUCUUGGUCGGUGGCGCCAUCAGCGGUCAGGCGUUGUCUGAAAGCCAGAGGAGACAACCAGGCAUCGCAAAGAGCAUGAAGACCAAGGCCCAGUCGAAGACAGUCAGCAAGAGGAGAAAGAAGGAAUCCCCCAGCGAGGCACCUCCUCGAGGGACCAAGACUGGCGUCCCUCCUAUUGAUGGAGAGGCAGUGCUUAUGGCAUCAGCGGUAGACCAUCAUGUCCCUCUCGCUCCAGAUCGAGCGCUCGAGACGCGUGCGAAGAAUCCUUCGGGCAGCGAUGAGAUUCAGAAGAGUCCGGAUUCACCACUAGAGCCCCUCGAAGUGCAGGGUCAAGCCGCCCACACUUUGACUGGUCUCGUCAGACCUCCUUCGCCUGUCUUUGCUCCUCCUGUUGCUCAUACAUCUCCGAUUGAGACACCUAUACCACAUGGACGGUACUCCUUGCGUCGACGGAUCCUUGCUCCCGAGACGCCCGUCGACUCUUCACGCUCUGACAGGCCCCCACAAACGCCCUCUCGACCCAGAGUCGGAUUGCAAGUGGAAUCUACGGGGAGCAAAAAGGCGAGGCAGAGUCUUCCAUUAGUACACGCCGGAGAAGAUACAGCUGGAGAUCGUAUUGCUGACGCGGCUCUACGUGAAGGCUCCACUUCUCCCCGAUCCCCUCUGCUGGAGAGAACGGAUGAGAGUCGGCUGGCUGUGUCCCAACCAAGUGAGCGGAGGAGUGUUUCAUCCACCAAAGCCCAGGACGAAACGUAUCCCAGGCAGCCCGUACAAUCUCGGUGCGACUCAACGCCCACGGCCUCUCAGGACUCUCUACACUGCAUCAUCUACUGCUGGCACCGCGACAGCCAGACCUCUUCUCAGAUACAUGGCCAGUCUUUCUCUCAAUCACAUUCACAAAGUCAAGCCCUCUCUGCAUCUCAGCAAUCGCAAUGGCAGUAUCUCUCGCAGCCCCAAGCUCUCUCCCAGCAGAGCAUCAAUGGAGCAACGCAUGACGGUGAACGGGGCGUGGGCUUCUUCGAGGGCAUGGAGGAGCAGCCAUGGGUGCGUGUUGGCGUAGAUCAACUCGUGGAGCUGAGUAAAAGCAGAGGUGAAGAAAGAGACAACGCUAGAGUCUAUCGGGUGGCCAAGGAACCACCUACCAGGCAGCAGGUUGCUGAAUAUUGCGACUGGGGAGCGCAAGGGUCGGUCAGAUGA